UCCAUACUAUUUCCAUAGUUUUGAUUUUGAAAAUAAAUUCCAGUGACAAUUGCCUGACGAGUUUACUUCAUUUGUUUGAAUUUGAUUUGAUUCGCUCUGCUUUGAUAUGUAGGUAUUGAUGUGUUUCUGAAGUCAUCCAUGACGUAUAUUAUACUCAAUGUUAUUAUGAAAGCCACUGUGGAUGAUUUUGUUAAGUACGACAUACCAUUUCAGUCAAAAGGUAAGUACUAUAAGCAGCAAUUCAUGCACUGGAAAGGUUUAUUUCUAUAUUCGUUACAGAUGUAGUUACAUUAAUGUUAUAUUUCUCGUUUACUGUGAAAAUAAAUAUUUACAAUUACAAAAAAAUAGUUUUCGUUGAUAUUCCCGCAGACACGAGUGGUCACGCAGGUUUGUUCGUACAGCAUAAAAUUUCGUUGUGGCCAGGGGCGCCGGAAUAUCGAUAAUUGGGGGGGAGCAGAUAUUCAUAUUUUCGUGUUCUGCCCCAGGGGCGUAAGUUUGGACCAGCCUGCCCCUGGUCUACCGGAAUUGGGUGCCCCAAGGCAGGGGUAUCCUAGAUCCUUUUGAAGUACCAUGAAGCUCUUACAAUAUGAACAUUUUGAUGGUCGUUUAGAAUCGAAUUUUAAUGGUAUCUUGAACUGGGAAUAUAAAUAUAUAACAAAAUAUACAACAACAAAAAAACAACUAUGCAGAAAAAAACACCAUGCAGAAAUUGUUUUUGACAUAAACAGUGAAAUGCUUGCCACUGUACUUAAGCACGUACAACCUUAGAUGAACAAGGCCUCCGGACAACUCAGUUCAGCCCCCCCCUGGAAGCCUUUUUGCCUGGGUGCCCCCGGCUCUUACCGGGUAGAACUCAUAGGAGUUACGCCACUGUUCUGCCCAAUUAAUUUCUUUUGAAAUCGAUUGUUUUUACAGUCUGUGAACACGAAUAUAUGAAUAUCUGUCCCCGCAAUUAUCGAUAUUCCGGCGCCUCUGGUUGUGGCGAUCUUGUAGAAGAGAUUUUGUGAGGAUUAAUAUAUCGACCACCUCAAGGUGGCUCAAUACAGUUUUUAAAAAGAAUGGAAAAUUUACGAUUUUGAUUUUAUGACAAUAUUUUUGGACAAUUGUUGAAAAACAAAGAGUGCCUUACUUGUGUAAAACAAUAUCUAAAGCUUUUGAAUUUUUGCACGAAAGUUACAGAACUAUCGUUGCUAUGGCAACAAUUACGUUUCAAUAUGGCGGAUAUUUUGAUUUUAAAGUAAUUUUAUAGUUCGACAACGACAUCGGUGACCCCCUAUUUUAUUUCAUAAAAUGAUUUUUCCCAGCAUAUUGAAUUAUUUUGACUAUUUUAAAAAAUUCUGUUGACUCAAAACUUUUAAAGUUAGGUAAAUGUGAUUAAUCAUAAUAUUUUUUUUCGGCUCAACAGAAUUUUUAAAAUGGAAGUAAUUAAAUAUACUAAUUAAGACAAACCAUUUUAUGAAAUAGAAAUUGGGGGUCACCGAUGUCGUUUUCAAGUUGAAUUACUUUAAAUAAAAAUAUCCGCCAUAUUGAAACGUCAUUGUUGCCAUAGCCGUUGCAUAGUUCUGUAACUUUUGUGCAAAAAUUCAAACUCUUUAGAUGUUAUUUUACAUAAAUAGGGCCCUCUUUGCUUUUCAUCAAGUGGUAUAAUUGUCCGAAAAUACGGAUCUAAAUCGUAAGGGUGAAAGCCACCUACUAUGCAUUUCCCACAAACACAAACAUUUUCAACACAAAUUUGAAAAAUUAAGUAAAUGUAUAUUAAAUCAAUAAGUCAAAAUUCGCAAGAUUCGUGUUACUCUGUCAAUCUAUCUUUCACCUUUCCAGUUCGGGCUAACGGAUAUUUUUGCGCUACUUUCGAAAAUGGGUAUUUUAUACAUUUAAUUCAUGAUCACCUAGACAUUAUAAAUCAAUAAUCAAUAUUCUUACAUCAACCUAACUGCCAUAGGUGUACCAAUUUUCAGAUUUCAUUAUGAGGAAAUGAUUAUGAUUAAUUUAGAAUAGACCCUUCCCAGGUUAAUGACGCCAUAAUGAAACACAAUAGUGCAAGGGGUGCAAAUAGGCCUACAAUAGAAUUCCCGAUAGGUAAAUUUGCAGGGGGUGCAAACACAACGGUGAAAACAACAGAUUCAAGAUGGCGUCCUUAACCUUGAAAGGGCCUAUUUGAGCAAUUAAAAUUGGAACGCAACCUUGAAACUGUGGGGAGACGGAGCAGGGAGAUUGGGGGGAAGCAAAAUACCUGUAAUAUUAUUACUCAACUCUUUCUUCUAGAUUAUAUACUUUCAGGUGCUUGGGGCGCCUUAACAAUACUUGGUCUGAUUGUGCAGUUUCGUAUGUCAAAAGGGAGACCCGUGUUGCCAAAUGAAGCUCCUCGUAAAAAACGAAAGACGCGUCGCAGAAUCACACAGAUAGCUGAAGUAUCCAGAGCUCCAACAGACAAUAGAGAUGACCGCCUACCCAUCUUAGUAAAUUCUAGACAUGAAAAUAGGACAGCAUUUGACAACCAAACUGAUGAAGAACAGUUGCCAGUAUUGAUUCAAUCAAACCCGCGUGUUCCUCGAAAUAAUGACAGUCAACAGUACACGACAAAACGUGGGACUAAUGUUGUUUGUUAAUUUUUAAAAUGUCCAUGAUUUGGUGCGCUCAAUCCAAUCUCGAAACCAGAGCCCGCAAUCCUCUGUGGAGGCUUGCUGAGGCUCUGGGAAACAUCCAAAUGUACUGAUUUUCGUGCAAAAGUCGCCGAUGUUUCCCAGAGCCUCAGCAAGCCUCCACAGAGGAUUGCGGUCUCUGGUUUCGAGAUUGCGCUCAAUCGAGUUGCUUGGCUUUUCCCGAAAAAUAAUCCUCCCUCGACUUUUCGCCCUUUUUAGUGUGAAGUUUCUUCGAAACUUCACAGUAUUGUGAUGAGUGGGGGAAAAAUUCAAACGAAUCAGUCAGUCAUUCAGUCAUUUAGUCAUACAGUAAACUUUCCGGGGGGUGUAUACGAUUUAUGUUCGUAGUGAUUUAUCGUACUUAGUCGGUGCUUUCUUUGAAGGUUAUUUAGGCAAUUUCAGUUGUCUUAUUUAAAUAUUCAUUUAUCGUUUUGCCAAGUUCACAAAAAUUUCGAGGAAUGGUUUUCGUUAUUGUAAUUUUUUGUAAGUUUUAUAACAUUCGCUUCUCAUGUUGUGUAAAGGAUAUUUACCCCGGAACACCCGAUUUUUCCUUUAGCAGCACAAAUGCGCAUGCGCUAUCAAGCCGCAGAUCACGAUGGCGAGACAAAAUGCUAGGAAGGAGCGACACUAGUGUUGUUUUCAAAUGUAUAAACAUUUCAGACGUGAAUAUUGGGUAAAUCUUUAUAUAGAAUCUACGCAAUAUAUAAAUUGAUGUUAUGCAUUACGGACAUCCAAUUAACUAAGUGCCGAUAUUAUUUAGACGGUACAUUAUACAGAGCUAGGAAGGAGCUAGACAGGACUUUUUUUCAAGUGUAUAAACACUUCAGACGUAUGAAAUAUUGAGUCGAAAAUCUUUGAGAUUCUAGCCUCUAGGCAUUCAAUUGAGUGCCGAUAUUAUUUUCACGGUAUAUUUAUUAUACAGGGGUAGCACGUAGGAAGGAGCAAGACAGUGUUGUUUUCAAAUAUAUAAACUUUAAUUUUCAGACAUAAAUAUUGAGAAAACUUUGCCGAUUCUACGCAAUAUAUAAUUGAUGUUAUGCAUUACCAGCAUUCAAUUAAGUGCCUAUCGAUAUUAUUUAGACCGUACGCGAGUAUUCAUUAUACAUUGACUGUAUAAGGUGCUACACAGAAUAGAUGGCUACACUCAAAACAAAGGGAGAAAAAUUGCAUCAGAUCAAUAAAGCGUAAACAACUAUUAAACAGAAGCGGGUGUUUGUACAAAGAAAAUAACUUGCGAGACUAAAGAAUCACAGUUGAGUCAGAGCUCUUUAUUUAAACAAGAAAGACGAGGAUAUAGCCAACGUACCUGUUGUCAAUAGAAGAAAAAAUAGGUACGCGACGCAUACAUGUAUCUGCGAAAAAACUUGAUUCACAUUUUGUAUUUUUGUUGAAAGGAACUGAAUAAUGAAGAUGACAUGGGACAAUUUAAAUAUUUCACCAUUAUUAUAAUAAAUAUAAUAGCAAAUAAGAUUUUAAAGUCAAACAUAAUACACAUCUAGCAAUACUGUACACAGCGGGGG